CCGUUUCGGUGAAUUGAUGCAGAACAUUAGAAUGUGUAUAGGUUUUAUGACUUAUGCAUAAAUUGGUAAAGACAAAGGAUUGAUACUUGGAUAGACCGUGUUGUAUUUAUUUCAGCAGAAUGGUUCGAACCGGUGAAUUUUACGGCGGAUCCAGACUUCUGAUUGGCAUUUCAUUUCUUCCAAUUGAUCAGGUGAACUUUCUCUUCUGUCAGACUUUAGCGUUGCUGUUUGCCUUUCCAUUUCGGAAACAUUUUUCUCCCCAAACCUGCGGUGUAGUGACACGACAUGCCAUAGAGUUGGUGUUCGGUGUCAGCCUGGCGUACUUCUGCUUUGGAUAUCAGAUCUACCAUCUGUUUCUGCUGGCUCUCGGUUGCUACCUGCUGAUGCGCAGUGGCCAGAAAUGGAUGCACAUUGCAGUGUUCAUAUUUACCAUGACCUAUCUGAGUGUUAUACACAUCUUUCGCCAGUACUACGACUACGGAGGGUACACUCUGGAUAUCACUGGACCUAUGAUGAUCAUGGUACAGAAGUUGACGAGUAUUGGUUUUUCCUACCAUGACGGCGUGGUGAAAUCUGACAGCGAGCUCACCCCAGAACAGAAACUGAUGGCUGUCAGAAAACUUCCUGAUGUCCUCACUUUCCUGAGCUACCUCUUCUACUUCCAUGGCAUCAUGUGUGGCCCCUUCACCUUUUUUUCAGACUACCUCGCGUUUAUUGACGGCACCAACUUCAGUAAAGCUAUAAAACCCGCGAUACAGAAUGAUAUUUCUGAAUCUUCUGAAUCUCCAGAAGAUACAUCCCCCAAUGAUAUUUCUGAAUCUUCUGAAUCUCCAGUGCCUAUAGAAGACACAUCUCCCAAUAAAGUGGUUGCCAAGAAGCUGAUGAUAACUGCUUUCUUUGGAAUCAUCAUGAUCACAUUGUUACCAAGGUUACCACCCGAUUAUUUACUAAGUGAUGAAUAUAAUCAACUUUCUUUCUUAACACGCCAUUUCUGGCUCCUUGUGAUAAUAUCACUGGUUAGAGCAAAAUACUACUUUGCCUGGAAACUUGGGGAGUUAGUAAACAAUGCUGCCGGUCUAGGUUUCCACGGUUACGAUUCCGAAGGUCGUCCCAAGUGGGAUCUUGUAAACAAUGUGGAUAUAUAUAGACUUGAGACGUGUAACAGCCUGAAGGUGAAUGUAGAGUGCUGGAAUAUAACGAGCACUCAUUGGCUGAGACAUGUGGUAUACAACCGCACCUCGAAAAACCGCACAGCCGCCGUGUUCGCCUGCAGUGCCAUUUGGCACGGCUUCUACCCCGGCUACUAUGUGACGUUCGCCACAGGAGCUCUCUUUACAUUCGCGGCUAGACAGGUUCGAAGAAAUAUUCGGCCAUAUUUUCAAACGUCUGAGAACUUAAAAGUGUUUUAUGACUGUGUCACCUUUAUAGCCACCCGUCUAGCCAAUGUGAUCAUGUGUGCUCCAUUCACGGUGCUGGAAUUCGUACCAAGUAUACGAGUAUAUAGCUCUACAUUGUGGUGGAUGCAUAUUUUGUCCAUAUUAGCUAUUCUGUAUUUUAACAUUACGAGUCUUUCAAAGAAGAAGCAAUAAUCCAUAUACAGGGUAUUGACCUUGUGACCUUCCAUAUUUAUAAAUUAUCUUAUUACUUAUAUUUUAUUUUCACAUACGUUUUUUUAAAGGUGAGUUUUUAGUCAUGUGAGAUUAUAGAUUUCUAUUUCUUACUCAGUUUAUGCUGCUCAGGUUUUUGUUUUUUGUUCUGGUUUGUAACAAUGUUAUUUUUUCAAAGAUGACAGUGUAUAAUUUUUAACAAUUACUUCCCUGAUAAGAUAUAAAAUUACGUUUCCAUAUGUAUGUUUUUCGUGUGUGUAUUGCACGAAACCACGAAUCUGUGCCCGUGUUGAUCGCUUCUAUACGUGUGUAUGCGUAUAAUUAUCCGUGAAGGCACAGUGACAUAAAUUACUUUCAAAUGGACACGGUAAGAACAUUGGUCUGUUUAGACGUCUUGUCCGUAUUCAUAAUGGUGCUUUCUUACGUAUAAGUCUACGUCCAUACCUCUUCCGUAUAAUGUCAUUUCGUGUGGGAUUCCGCUUUUUUUAUUAUUAAAAACAUAUUUUAUUGCAUAUAUAUAUAUAUAUAUAUAUAUAUAUAUAUAUAUACACAUACACACACACAUGAAAGGAUUUGGCACAAGUUAUCCAACUUACAGGGCCCUCUUCUAAUUACAAACAUUAUUAGAUUGUACAGCGGUGGCGACUGCACUUUUCAUUAAAUAAAUCAACCAGUCAAUAAAAGUAAAGUUCUAUGAUUCGUGAAUCCAUGAAAAAUAGCUCGAAAAGUGAUUCCAAAUUCACGUAAACAUAUCACGCAUGGUUUGCGAAUAGCAAGGGAACACAGACAUGGCAGACACAUUAUUUCGAUCAUUUUCAUUCAUAUAUUUACGGAUUCACUGAAAAGGUACAGGAAAAACAUGCAUAUGGAAAUUUAGCUUAAGACAAUAAAUGGUGAAUUAAAGGAACCGUCUUGAGUUUUCUGACAUUGUGACAUGUUUAUGACUACGGUCGACAACAGUCACUCUUGUCACCUUUGUUUAGGCUUCGUACAAAAUUAAUAUAACAUAUCCAAUGAUAAUAGUUUGAUAUGAUAUAUUUCACGGAUGGUACUUUUUAUUUCUUUCAUCUUUUAAAACUUAAUCUUAUACCCUUGUUUAGGCUUCGUACACAAUGGAUAUAACAUAUCCAAUGAUAAUAGUUUAAUAUGAUAUUUUUUACGGAUGGUAGGUCUACUUUUUAUUUGUUUCAUCUUUUAAACCUUAAUCUUAAAAUUUUGUCUAAAAUUAUGAACAUACUGACCUGUAAACAGUAUUUGUCUGCUGACUUUAAAACUUGAAACAAUUUUGACGGGGGUCAAGGACAUGUAAAUAUAAACUGGUUUUUAUUUUAAUGUUGACGAAGCAUUGUUACAGUAAUAAUAUAGCUAAUUUUUAAUUUCAGUAAUGUGAGUAUUUCAAUGACGUAACUUUGCAUCACUUUACAAUAACAAUACAUUUCCAUUUUCAGAACAUUGGAAACUUCCAAUGCAAAGUUGCUAUUGAAAAUGUUUUGUGUUAGAUUUGAGAAUGACUAAAUCCAUUUGACUAUGGUUGAAGAAAAUCUUGUAAUUAAAACAAAUUGUGCUGUUUAUGAAAUAUGGAUUUGAAGUGAAAUUAAGGUAAGGUUUGUUAUAUUUGUUGUGUAUGAAGCCAAUACAAGGGUGUGAAAUGUGACUGCCGUCGACCCUAAUACUAGUAAUAGAGCAUUUAUUGAUGGCUAAAAUUACGUAUUAAUGAUGUCUUCUUUUUUAGAAUAUUGGUGUCUGUGUAAACAAGGUGUGUGUUGUCAUCUCAUUCUUUGUGGUAGCCCAAACUGGAUUUUACCUUCCAAUAAUUUUGUACAGUCACAAAAAUAUAUGCUACGAAGAAAACAAAUAAUGACUGUGGCAGACAUUAGCAUACGACUGCAAACCCAUUGGAUAUAAAGACACUAGUAUUCUAAACAAUAAUUUUUUUAUUUAAUAUGUAAUUUUAGUCACCAAAAAUGCUCUGUUAUUCGAACACGUUUUAAAUGGCUGCAAAGUCAGGACAUUUUAAUUAUUUUGAGAAGAUAAUUUAUGGAGUCUUUUAACCAUUUAGUAAAGGGGUGUUCUCAUUAUGUGAUUAGUCGCACCGACUUGUCGCAUGCAAUUUAUCGUUCCUAGAAAAAUCGGAACAUGUAAGAUAAAAGUCAUUCCUAUUUAGAUGUUGUAACAAUGCGAUUAGAUCGCAUGUGACAAGUCGGUGCAAGUAACCGCAUAAUGAAAACUUCUUUUAAAGGCUUUGUUGUCACGGUUAGUGUUUCGAGGAGAUAUUUCUCUGGUAUUUGGCUAUAUUAUGUUGAUGCUUAUUUUAAUACACUAUCGUAUACAAGAUUAUGUUUUAAUUAAAGUUACUUUAAUUCAUUUUGUGCAUGAUUAUUACUUAAUGUGUUUUACCUUAGAAGGGAACUGCCACAACAUAGCUACUUGUACAUAGCUACUGUAUUUACUCCAGCAACACAGAAUGCAUUCUAUAUAUAGCAGGGUUUUAAUUCUAAAAUUUGACUUGACACCCAUGGCUUUGACUCGGGGAAUUUUAUCAUGAUGAUUGUUUGACAGAAUAUUGGAAUUUUCAGUUUCAUUUAAGAAAGCCAUCUUCUUGAGUUGUGAGAAUUUAAAAGAUUAAUUCUACAUGUAUACUGUGUAAUAUGUUGUGUCUUUAUUCAAAUUAAUAUAUCUGUUUUGUGUUGUGUAAUGAUAUGAGAGAGGGAAAGGGUGUCUGUCAAGUGUUACAUAUCAUUUUCAAAAUACCGGGUAUGUCUUUGUAUAAUAAUAAGAAAUGUGAAUUAUUUACAUGUACAUACAAAUAGGGAAUUUUUUACUCCAAAUGUGGCAGUAAAAAACAACAUAACCUUUCAGGAAUGGUGCCAAUUAUAAUACUCAAAAUGUACAAUACUGUUUAUAAGAAUAUCUAAUCCUAGAAGUAGUCAGCUGUUCACAGGCUGGUAGGUACUGGGUUCGGAUCCCAGUCGAGGCAUGGGAUUUUUAAUCCAGAUACCGACUCCAAACCCCGAGUGAGUGCUCCACAAGGCUCAAUAGAUAGGUGUAAACCA